GCCCAGAACUGAACACAGGAUUCUAGGUGGAUCUAUGACUCAUCCCUCUAUGAAUUAAAGAAAUGGUGGGCUCUCGUCUGGCCAGAGGCCUCUUGUUCUUUCUGCGCUGCCCUCAGCUACAACAAUUCGCACACAAAGUGGAAACCGGCUGCUGGCUGAGGCUUGUGGGGGAAGGUUUGCUGGGGGGAGAACAAACAGUGCAGGAAUCAAAUCCCAGGUAAUGACUACAGCCCUUGAUGGGAGGAAACUGUAGGGCAGGAAACGCUCCUGUGCAUUUCCUCACGGAGGUGGCCGCAGCAGGAAACAGAUGGACAGGAGUUGGCACCCGCUGUGUCAGCUGGAAAAUGCCAUUCAUUGUGGGUGCAGGCUUUGCGCUCAGAUGCUAAGUCUUGUUGUUGUUGUUUAGUCGUUUAGUCGUGUCCGCCUCUUCGUGACCCCCUGGACCAGAGCACGCCAGGCCCUCCUGUCUUCCACUGCCUCCCGCAGUUGGGUCAAACUCAUGUUCGUAGCUUCGAGAACACUGUCCCACCAUCUCGUCCUCCGUCGUCCCCUUCUCCUUGCGCCCUCCAUCUUUCCCAACAUCAGGGUCUUUUCCAGGGAGUCUUCUCUUCUCAUGAGGUGGCCAAAGUCUUGGAGCCUCAGCUUCAGGAUCUGUCCUUCCAGUCAGCACUCAGGGCUGAUUUCCUUCAGAAUGGAGAGGUUUGAUCUUCUUGCAGUCCACGGGACUCUCAAGAGUCUCCUCCAGCGCCAGAAUUCAAAAGCAUCCAUUCUUCGUCAAUCAGCCUUCUUUAUGGUCCAGCUCUCACUUCCAUACAUCACUACUGGGAAAACCAGAGCUUUUACUAUACGGACCUUUGUUGGCAAGGUGAUGUCUCUACUUUUUAAGAUGCUGUCUAGGUUUGUCAUUGCUUUUCUCCCAAGAAGCAGGCGUCUUUUAAUUUCGUGACUGCUGUCACCAUCUGCAGUGAUCAUGGAGACCAAGAAAGUAAAAUCUCUCACUGUCUCCAUUUCUUCCCCUUCUAUUUGCCAGGAGGUGAUGGGCCCUGUGGCCAUGAUCUUCUUUUUUGAUGUUGAGCUUCAGACCAUAUUAUCCGCUCUCCUCUUUCACCCUCAAUAAAAGGUUCUUUAAUUCCUCCUCACUUUCUGCUAUCAAGGUUGUGUCAUCUGCGUAUCUGAGGUUGUUGAUAUUUCUUCUGGCAAUCUUAAUUCCGGUUUGGGAUUCAUCCAGCCCAGGCUAAAUCCUAGGAAUGUAUAAUUGUACAGCUAGAAGGGUCAUCUAGGUUCAUCUAGUCCAACCCCCUGAAAUGCAAACUGUGGGGGGGGGGGAUCUUGUCCCUACACACUUGCCACUCCGGGGGGAAAACACUCCACAUUUCCUAAGCAUCUUCAUGCAAAGCCUGAGAGCCUAUUGGAGAGCCAUUUUGGUAUAAUGGUGAGGGUCUUCGACUAGGACCUGGGAGGCCAGUUUGGAUCAUCCUCACUCGGCCAUGAAGCUCAGCGUGUGGCCUUUGGCCAGUCCUCAUCUCAGCCUCACCUGCCUCACAAGGUUGUUGUGAGGACCAAACGGGCAGGGGAGGUCUCCCUCAAAGAAUUCUGGGAGUUGUAGUUCAGUCCUCACGGAGCUGCUGUUCCCAGUCACCUCCGACAGACUACAGUCCCCAGAAUUCUCUGAGGGCGCAGGGAACGGGGUACGAAUGUGCUCGAGCCCCAAAUACAAAACAAAAACUCCUCCAUUUCUAGGCUUCAGCCUAGAAAACUACCCAUACAUAAUCUGAGUAAUUACUUCUUCCGUUUGCCUGACCAGCAGCAAUCUUGUUAGUCCCUCGUUUAGGGCUGUUUUCUCUUACAUAUCCGAGGAGAAUAAUGGCCCCCAUUGUUUCCCUCAUCCUCUCCCUGGCGGCCUCUGUUUCCCUCACUUUUUCCUACACAUUUGACAACAAACUGCCCCUUCCCUACUGUUUGGUAAAAGUUGCCCCUCAGCCUUUUCCCCUAACAAUUUGGCCGCCACACACCCUUCUUCUUUUGUUUCUCCUCCUUCCGCUCCGGCCAUUGUUUUCCCCUCUUCCUUUCCACAGCCUCCGUUUCCCUCAUUUUCUCCCCAUCUUCCUCUACCCCCACAACCCAAAAUGUCCCCCCUCUGCUUAUAAUUACAGCGCAUCUCGCACUGCCUGCCCAAGUUGUUCCUUCGGUCUGUUCUGAGGGAAAAUAUGGGGAAUAUUUGACUGAGGAGGAGCUAGCCCAGGAGAGGCAAAAAGAGAUUUAGGCGCUAUCCCACCCCACAAAGACAUGCCCCACUUUCCCCCUUGAACCAUGUUUUUCCUGUCAUCCCCACAUCCUUUAAUUUCCUUAUCUUUCUCACUAAGUCCCUCAUGUUUCCCCACAAAAGCUGCCCUGUGGCAAUUUGCCUUGUUUUCUAUCCCUUCCCACAGCCAAUAUCCAGCGCCUUUCAUUUUUCCCGCCUUUUCCCGCCUCCCUCUUUUGAGCAGCCUGAGGGAAAUCUGUGAGGGAAAUUGGGCCAGCACAAAAUGGAGUCACCUUUGUACCUUUAGCAUACUUGAGAGACAUCGCCAAAAAAAUAUGCUUGACUCUUUCUAUUUAUCUAUCUAUCUAUCUAUGGAGUGAAAGGCCAUCCUGUCAGACAUUAUUAGCAUGAGGAGAAAUAUCAACGUGAAGAGACCGUAAUGCAAUAUUUUUUUGGAAGCUGCUUCCAUGAAGAAAAUACUUGCCUUUAGGGAUUUGUCACAGUGAGGGUGAGGGGUACAAAAAGGUUAUUUGCCUUGGGCAAAGGUAACAGGCAAGAAAAUGAAGCAGGAUUUUAUUGAAAAAGUCUUUGCUUAAAAAAAAUGGCGGUGGUGGUCAUGUCGUGAGGUGUUAGGUGGUUGCCAUAGGUGGGUGUUUAUUGGGGUGACCUUCAACAGGAUGCCCUACAAUAACCGCCACCCAUAAUGUAACUGAUCCAUUGCGAUAAUAAAUAAUUCUCUAACAAUAAUUUCACUGAGGUAUCACCAAAGGGGAACGGGGCAUAUUUUAUACAUUGGGACAGGUCAUCUUCCUAUUAAUAGUUCAGAUUUAACAUUAAAUCCUCACAGGAGGAAGGUAGUAGCUAUGGGUUGCUGUUGUUUAAAAAAAUCUCAUUUAUUAAUUUUUCACAAAGAAAAAAAAGCUUUACACAUUUUAACAUAAACCAUAAGUUACUUUAUCGUUUGACUUCCUGUCCCCCCCCCUUCCACGGUUUCCAUAUUUACCCUUAAAUGGUGCAUAUUUCGCCUAUACUAUUAAAUACAUACAAUUUAACCUAUUUAUCUUAAUAAUUCAUGUUCAUAUUUCAAGUCCUGCUCACAUUUUCAUCUUGCUAUAACAGUUCUUUAAAUAGUCAAUAAAAGGUUUCCAGUCCUCAAGGAUUUUUUUGGCAUUUUGGUCUCUCAUAUUUCCAGUUCCACGUUCUCCACCAUUUUCAAAAGCCAAUCUUCCUUUGUUGGAACCUCUCCUUCUUUCCAUCCUUGGGAAUAUAAUAUCCGUGCUGCUGUCGUUGUGUACAGGGUGGUAGCUAUGUUAUGUGGGUCGCAAAAAACCUUUUAUUCUGUGAACCGCCCUGAGACCCUGGGUAUAGGGUGGUAUAUAAAUUCAAUUAAUAGUAAUAAUAAUAAAAAAACCCUGCUUCCCACAGUGUAUAGCAGAGCUUUCCAAACUGUGUCUUAUAGCACAUAAAUGAUAGAAUCUGCUCCCAAAAAGUGUAACGAUGGCCACCCGUUCUGACAAAUUCACGGCUAAUAAAUAAGGCUACUAGUGGCCUCCAUUGUCACAGACCACUUUUCUUUUCUUUUCUACUUCUUCUUAUCAUUAUUACAAAUAACAAUAAUAAAUAAUAAAAAUGUGUACACACCUCCAAGACCAUUCCAUUGUCACUAUCCAACCUCCCAAAAUUUCAACACCUCUUGUGAUGGUUUGACCCCUUUCCGCUUUAACAGCACAAAUUCUACAAAUACUUUCCAUAUCUCCUCAAAAUCAUUUCUCCUGCAUUUCUCCCGUCUUACCUUAAUAGUGCAUGCUAUUAAUAGCUAAAUCCCACACCUCUUUAUAUCAUUCUUCCAUUUUAUAUUCCCCUUGCCCCUUCCACUUCCUAGCUGUAAUGACUCCUGCAGCCGUCAAUAAAUUUGUGAGCAAGUCCUUGCUAGCCUGCGAACCUUCCACCCCAUCGUAAAUCGAUAACAAUGCUACCUCUGGACUUUCGGUCAGCUUUAACCCAGUGGUUUCUGUUAUCUCCUUAAACACCCUUUGCCAAAAGAAAUUGUACAUAUUUGCACCCCCACCACAUGUGAACAUAAGUCCCAGACAGGCCACAUUCCUCUGAGACCCAGUUACUUGGAGUCACAAGUGGUUCUUGUGCUUAGGCUUCCAUUUUGGGGUAUCUGCUUGGCUGUUCUGAGAAAAGGGUGCUGGACCAAAUGAAUUUUUUGGCCUCAUCCUGCAGCCAAGCUCUUAUUGUGUUGUACACCGAGGAAUAGCCCUGUAUACGGUGGAAAUUACAGAGGAAUGAAAUGCCGGUUUUGUGUGUUCCGUGUGUGACUCACAGAUGGUUGCGAUUCCUUCCAGGAUAACUGACAAGAGGACAGAAAGUGUCGCUGCGAGUCAGACGUAGGAGAACGGAAGAGCGGAUCCUCAAGGCUUUAAACCAGCCGGUCGCACUAUGGAAGGAGAGAGCAGCACUUCUUUCAUGCCCUUUGUUAAGUAGGUUUCUUGCGUUUGCCACAGAGAUACGUACAUUUAAAAAAGGAAAGGAAAAGGGAGAAGACAUGUGCAAUGUGUCGUGUGCGCUUUGACAAAUUGACAUUCAAGUAGUGCACAUUGUUAAACUAUGGAACUCACUGCCUGGGGAGGCAGCAAUGGGCACCAACUUGGAUGGCUUUAAAAAAGGAUUGGACAAAUCCAUAGAGGAGGAGAGGGCAGGCAAUGGCUUCUAGCCAGGAUGGCUAUGUUCUGCCUCCACAAUUUGAGGCCAAUUGCUGGAAGCCGCAGGAGGGGAGAGUUGCUCUCGUGCUCAGAUCCUGCUUCCAGGUUUCCCACAAAGUGCAUCCUGCUAUCCACCGUGAGAACAGGAUGCUGGACUAGAUGGGCCGUUGGCCUGAUCCAGCUAAAGGCAGGGUCACAGAUUGGUUUGGGUACUUUCCCACUUCCCUUGCUCUCUCUGAGAUGAAAAUCCCCAAAUACUAUUCUCAGCAGUGGUCUCCAAGGAUAGAGAACCCUCCCCAAACCAUAGUUUCAGGUGUAACACCAAGCCACAGUUUGUUCCAAUUGUAGUUUGCAAACCAACUUCAAAGGAUGGUUUUUAGCAGGCGUCUGAAACAGUGUUGUUCAAUGAAUGUGAAUGUGAACUUAUUUCUUUAUUUUGUUUCACAAACUUUAUUUUAGUUAUUUCAUAAAACAUAAUUUAUUUAUUUUAUUUAUUUCAUAAGAUGCACUGGUUGGUUGUAAAAGUAAAUAAAUCUCAAAGCGGUUUACAAAAGAUAAAACAACAAAAGCAAUAAAAAAACCUCAACCCUACUUUAACACAUACAAAAGUUAUAAAAUCAAAGCAGGUUAAAAUUAUGUCAACUUUCUAGAUAUCUGGUAGGUAGGCUUAUCUCAGCAGGAAUGCUGUACAGUGAAGGCACCUGCUUGAUCUCAAUAGGCAGGGAGUUCCAAAGUGCAGGUGCUGCCACACGUAAGGGUCAAGUUCUUACUAAUGUGGAACAGGCAUCGUGUGGCACCUGUAGUAGCACCAAUUCUGCCAAUUAGGCACUCGUAGGUUCAGACAAUCUCACAGGCAAGCUUGUCCCAAGUUGUUAAGGGCUUUAUAUACUAACAGCAACGCCUUGAACUUGGCCCUGAUGCAAAUAGGCUGCCAGUGCAGAUCUCUGAGCACAAGUGUUAGAUUAGCAUCAAGGUCUCCCUCCUGUCAGCAAUCGUGCUGCAGCAUCCUGCACCAACAGCAGCUUCUGGAUCAAGCGGGAAGUAUGCCUCGCAUAGAGUCUUGAAGCCAUCAACACAUGGUCUGCUGCGUCAAGGCUUCCCCAGCCCAGGAACGGCCAUUGCUGUUGAACCAGCUGCAGUUAGUAAAAGGCGCUUGCAGCCCUGGCAUGAGGCUACUACCUGAGCCUCCGGGGGGACAGAGUGGAUACAGAAGGACCCCAAGCUGUGAAGCUGCUCCUUCAGUGGGAGGGCAGAUGACACCAAACUUGGAGGGGUGGCUAACACCCCAGAGGACAGGAUCACACUUCAAAACGACCUUGACAGAUUAGAGAACUGGGCCAAAACAAACAAGAUGAAUUUUAACAGGGAGAAAUGUAAAGUAUUGCACUUGGGCAAAAAAAUGAGAGGCACAAAUACAAGAUGGGGGACACCUGGCUUGAGAGCAGUACAUGUGAAAAGGAUCUAGGAGUCUUGGUUGACCACAAACUUGACAUGAGCCAACAGUGUGACGCGGCAGCUAAAAAGCCAAUGCAAUUCUGGGCUGCAUCAAUAGGAGUAUAGCAUCUAGAUCAAGGGAAGUAAUAGUGCCACUGUAUUCUGCUCUGGUCAGACCUCACCUGGAGUACUGUGUCCAGUUCUGGGCACCACAGUUCAAGAAGGACACUGACAAACUGGAACGUGUCCAGAGGAGGGCAACCAAAAUGGUCAAAGGCCUGGAAACGAUGCCUUAUGAGGAACGGCUAUGGGAGCUGGGCAUGUUUAGCCUGGAGAAGAGGAGGUUAAGGGGUGAUAUGAUAGCCAUGUUCAAAUAUAUAAAAGGAUGUCACAUAGAGGAGGGAGAAAGGUUGUUUUCUGCUGCUCCAGAGAAGCGGACACGGAGCAAUGGAUCCAAACUACAAGAAAGAAGAUUCCACCUAAACAUUAGGAAGAACUUCCUGACAGUAAGAGCUGUUUGACAGUGGAAUUUGCUGCCAAGGAGUGUGGUGGAGUCUCCUUCUUUGGAGGUCUUUAAGCAGAGGCUUGACAACCAUAUGUCAGGAGUGCUCUGAUGGUGUUUCCUGCUUGGCAGGGGGUUGGACUCGAUGGCCCUUGGGGUCUCUUCCAACUCUAUGAUUCUAUGAUUCUAACCCCAUCGAGUGUAGGCUGGGCUGACUCACGGCUGCGAAUGACUGGGCAAGGCAAGAGUUAGAUAAUGAAGUUAGGACUGCAAGAGGGAGAAGUUAGCCUUUUAAAACUUUAUCCAGUGAGGUCAUCACACCAGAUCUGCAGGAAGUCCUGCUGCAGCAGCUUUAUUUAGCAGGAUGUGGAAGUGAUAAAACAGCAAUUUGGGAAAGUGUAAAUAAGAAACCGUAGGCAAAAGUUACCAGCAGGUGGCAGAGAGAAACUGAAUUGGGAGAUGUGGAGGUAUUUACAGGAAUCAGAAUAAUCCUCAAUAACCCCUAUUUUUCUCCUGGAGGCUAAGAAUAGCCUCUCAUUUUGUGUAAAGGUUGCCGUUGUGUUUUUGAGAUGCUGGAAAAAUCUGUGAAAUGUCUUGCUCUCUGAGGUGGUUUCCUUACUGAGGAUUUUUCAAUUCAGCGUUACUUCUGCACAGCCUUGAGAUCUGCAGUCUGUUUUACAUACAUCAGGCAGUGUAGAAAUGUAGAAUAAUUUGGCUAAAAAGCAAGGGGGGAGGAAUGUUAAACAGUGUCUAGAAGAACAGCCUAACAAUCUUGAGAAGAGGAAGCUGGGUGCAAGACACAAGGGCUGCAACAAAAGGACAAAGAAAGAAAGGGAAGGGAGGCAUAGAAUACCAAGCUUCUUUUAAAAAGAAAAGAAAAAUCCACAGCUCGCGAAGGGGACUUUUUCAGUGACGUAUUACUCAGUGGAGGCUGGUCUGUUGUUGUUGUUGAGUCGUUUAGUCGUGUCCGCCUCUUCAUGACCCCAUGGACCAGAGCACGCCAGGCCCUCCUGUCUUCCACUGGCACCCGUACUUUGGUCAAACUCAUGCUGGUAGCUUCAAGAACACUGUCCCACCAUCUCGUCCUCUGUCGUCCCCUUCUCCUUGUGCCCUCCAUCUUUCCCAACACCAGGGUCUUUUCCAGGGAGUCUUCUCUUCUCAUGAGGUAGCCAAAGUCUUGGAGCCUCAGCUUCAGGAUCUGUCCUUCCAGUGAGCACUCAGGGCUGAUUUCCUUCAGAAUGGAGAGGUUUGAUCUUCUUGCAGUCCAUGGGACUCUCAAGAGUCUCCUCCUCCAGCUGGUCUACUAGGGUAAAUGGGGCACCACCCCUACCAGCCACCAUGGUGUACUUCAGAACCAGGAGCGCCAGCUUGGCACCACGACUGUGGGUGCCUGGAGCCAUGUGUGCCAUGCAGCAUGCAUGGCCUUGAAAUUUGAGGGUGCCCAUCCCUUUCAUGGGGAAUUUUGUGGGUGCUUGGGCACCCAGGGCCCCAGAGAGCUGGAACCUAUGCUCAGAACAUAUCAAAUGGGGUGCUGCUGCCUCAGUGGUGGUCUAGGGCAGUGGUUCUCUUUUCUUCCUCUUCUCUGGGCCACACUUUCAGAAUAAACAUUUGCUUGCUCCACACCAAUUUUUUUUAUUGAUAAGAAAUACAGUGGGAAACAAGGAGAAACAACUCCUAGCAGUGCUUGAUUUAUAGCUUAGAACACAACUGCAGGACAACCAGGAAGUAUAAGCCAAUGCAGCUACGUAACAACAUGAAUCAUUCCCAAAAAAUAAUUAUAAACAAGCCUCUUACAUAUCUACUUUAAGUAUGUAUGCAAACCUGAUGAGAGGUAUCAGCUUGCAGUAUCACUUGAUGCUCUUGCUCUCGUUUUGAAAAGGUAUCUAUCCACAUUCUGUAAAUAAAUGAAUAAAAAUUGGCUACUAUGCUACACUGAAAUGUUUAAACGUUUCUGUGAUAGUCCUUGAAUCUUCCUGCCACACUUUCCAUCCUCUCCUGCCACACCAGGGUGGCGCAACGCACCCUUUGAAAACCACUGGUCUAGGGUGGUACUGCCCCCUGGGGGGGGAUUCCCUAGGGGGUGGUAGGAAGCAUCCUAGCACCCCCUAGGGACGCUGGAGUCGCAAAUGGCUAUCAGGCUUUGAAAACCUGGUUUCGCUGGAUCAAGUUCAUCCAAUGGAUUUUGGAUUAAUUGUUCAAUUAAUCAUUACUGUUUUGAAUUCCAUUGUGUUACUACCUUCCUUGGUGGGUUGUGCAAACUGCUCUUCUGAAUAAUGCUUUUUAUAGGGUCUGGGACAUGGGAGGUUAGUUUAUGGAACCAGGGAGGCGUUGGCCCAAAAAGGUUUAGGAGGAGGUCUAGGAGGACCUAUAUCUCUCUGAAGCCCUGAAGCCGUUUGAUCAUGAACUAUUUCAGUGUCUGUGGGCAAAUGGUUUCAGUUUCUUUCUUUCUUUUAAUCAACAUCCAGUGCUGUAAUAAAAAAAAGAGGUUGGGUAAGUAGCAAUUAAACAAGCAGCUUCUAUAUAAACCCACAUAAAUUAAAUAUUAAUUUGUUAACUUCAAAGAGUGCUGGGGGCAAGUAGGAAAUUGGCAAGGCAUGGAGGAACAAUGAGACACGGCCCAUCCUCUGAGGAAUAAAUAUGUUCCAAAGUCUUCCUCGUAUAUAUUUCUAAGAUCUGCUGGGCUGGAACACUCCUUGCAUUUAGUUGUUAACUCUUAACAAGCCGCUAGGCUAGUACAUUCAAAGGUUGUGAGGAUGCAUGGAAAAUAUAUAUGAUCUACUUGGUUAUCUCAUCAUCCUGCGUUAGCUGUACCUGAAAGGUGAGCUGAUAUUUUCCAAAAGGAACUUGCGUUUUCUGCCCCUGCGAUGCCAACACAGCCUUUCUCAAGUUCCUUUUACAGUAAUGAUAUGCCCCUGGCUAUGCAUCUCUGCAGUGGGACGUGGGUGGUGCUGUGGGUUAAACCACAGAGCCUAGGACUUGCCGAUCAGAAGGUCGGCAGUUCAAAUCCCCGCCACAGGGUGAGCUCCUGUUGUUCGGUCCCUGCUCCUGCCAACCUAGCAGUUCGAAAGCAUGUCAAAGUGCAAGUAGAUAAAUAGAUACCGCUCUGGCGGGAAGGUAAACAGCGUUUCCGUGCGCUGCUCUGGUUCGCCAGAAGCAGCUUAGUCAUGCUGGCCACAUGAUCCGGAAGCUGUACGCCGGCUCCCUCGGCCAAUAAAGCGAAAUAAGCACCGCAACCCAAGAGUCGGCCAUGCCUAGACCUAAUGGUCAGGGGUCCCUUUACCUUUAUGCAUCUCUGCAGAAAAGGAUGCAGAUUUGGAGGGGUUCCCAUCAAAGUCAUAAUAGUCAUGACUCGGUGAAAUCUAAAUGCAGCAAACAGGUAAGUUGUUGGAAUCCAUGCUUUGAAUUGCCAACGAAAUGUUUGUGCUGGUCUAUGCUUAUGUGUGCUAUAAUCUGCUCUUUCUCCUUUUCAAGACAGUCCAAGAUGGUCAGCAGAUACCAACAAGAAGCAGAAGCAGAGGCUGCCAGCCCCGACUGUUCAAACAGCAACAUUUGGGAUGGUCUCAGCCAACAACCAGGGUAACACACACAGUACUGUGCAUAAUGGUCCAAAAUACAGACACAAUCCUUUCAGGAGAGCUUUUUUGUUUUUUACUAAUUCCCCUCCAUUGCCCCCACCACUGCUGGUGCAUAACUCAAUGCAAAAUAAGGAUGUUGUUUAUGUCAGCAGAUCAUUGCACUUUGGGCUACCCCCCCUGAAACAUUCAGCUACUUCAGUCAUCAAGGAGAGCAGAGGAAUGUGCAAAGCGCAUGCAAAUGCCUUUGCAAAAAUUCUGAUCCAUUUGCCAGGGCAGCCACUGAGCUGCAAUAUCAAAGUUGCAAUAGUCUGAAAAACCAGCCAGGAUUUAAUAGUGCUGUUACAUGCUACUCCAAUCUCUGAGUGGCGAUAAGACUCCAGGGGUUGCUGCACUUACCCAGGUUUCGGUUUCCUUGGAUUGGAGGCCAUCAGAGACUGUGGUGUCUUUGGGAUAUAUGGUUUUAUUUACACAUAUAUGCAACCUGAACAUAGGAUGGAGGGGCCCACACAGCAUCAACACUCAAGUAUUUGGUCUUUAUUGGCAUGAAUAUAUAUGUCUAGAGACAUGUGAGCAUUGACUGCUGGAGUGAUUUGGAGAUGGGCCGAGGAAGCUAGGCUUUAUUUAUUUGUUUGUUCAAAUUAUGCCCCACUCUUCCUCCCAAAGGAACCCGGGGCAAAAUAUAAGUAAAAAGUUAGUGUUCUGCAUAGUUCCUUGACCAUCACUGUGGUUAGCAGGAGCCAAGCACUUAUUAAAAAAUAAACAAAUUAUACAAAUGUACCUCUUCAGAACAGUCAGCCUCUGUUUAGUGAAAUUUGGAUUCUGUGCACAUAGCGUAAACCCAUUCCUGUGCUUGUUGGCUGCCAAGGAGUUGCACCCCCCAGCCCCCGAGUUAUGAAUGCAAUAUAUAAGAGGCAUUUUGAAGUAAAAGCCAAUGGUACUUAGUUGCACAUUUAUCUUUCAGCUCCUGCUGGAUGGAAGAAUAUAACGAGGCACCGUCCCUGCUGGUAAGUUUUCAUGGAUGGCAAGAUGAGGCUUCCUUUGAAAUCAUUUGCUUCUUUCCUGCGGAACUAAUGCCCCAUGUAAAAAUAGGAAAAUGCAAGUAGAGUUUGCCCUGAUUAGUGAGCUCAGCUGUGUGUGUGUGUGUACUUCCCUUUGCAAACCUCAUUUGCUCUGUGGAACCUGAAACCUUUCCAGCGGGAGUGUGUGCACUGCAGAAAAGAUGGAAGGUAAUUUUACGUGGAGCAUUCCAGACACACUGAGCAAUCCUGCACGCAAAUUACGCUGGGGGUGGAGAUACCUUGCUGCUCCACCAGCAGAACAGCUGCCGUAUCUUAUACCCACUCAGCCCAGGAGGGAAGGGGGAAAUGCAGAGAACCAGGCUGCACACACAGCCAUAACCCACCAAAAGGGGCUGUGCCAGUGACGAUGCCAUCUUCCCACAAUGUGCUCAGGCACAUUCUGGAGACAGGCACGGGAACUUGCCCUCCCACAGUAAGCAGUGAUGGCCACCAACCGUGGAGGAAGAGAGGGCUAUCGAUGGCUACUAGCCACAAUCAUUGUGUUUUACCCCCACAGUCGGAGGCAGCGAUGCUUCCGGAUACCAGUUGCUGGAAACUGAGCAGGCGAGAGUUGCUCUUGUGCUCUAAUCCUGCUUGCAGGUUUCCCUCAGGCAUCUAGGUGGCCAUUGUGAGAACAGGAUGCUGGACUAAAUGGGCACUCUCUGGCCUGAUCUAGCAGGCUUUUCUUAUGUUGGGUUGGAAAAGGUGGACCAAGCAUAAAGUUCCCAAUUCCCUCUUUUCCCCUACCAGUUUAGAAGGGAGGGCUGGGGCUGGCAAGGGUGUCUUGCCCUCCCUGUCCAAAAGGCCACAGGCGGCAUCCUCUUGCUUCUUGUUGUGAGUCAGUUCCUGACAGUGAUGUCAAUUUCCUCACCUUAGAGAGUACAGAUUCUCCUCACCCCCUGCUCUGUUCGAUGAGGCUGGCUAAGAGGCUGCUUCACCACAGUCUGCCUCUCCGCUCCGAAACCUGUUCCCUCUUACAUUCAUCUUGCAAACAACAUUCCUGGCUGCCCCCCACAGUUACAGGAAUAACACAAAAAUGGUACGUAUGGCAAUGUCUCAUGUUUUGGGUGUGUGACAGCAGCACUGCCACCUCUCAAACAUUAAAAAAAAAAAGAUUGAUUGCUUUGCAAUUCUAACUCAAAUCAUGGUAGCUUUCCCCCCCCCAAAAAAAACCUAUUCUCAUUGAAGGGGAGGGACAUUCCUGGCAGCCUUUUGCACUUCCAAUUUCCUUGGGAGGAGGAGGUAGGAAGCAAUCACUCCUGAGAACAAAAGCCCCAGGACAAAGCACAUUUUCAGUGCCACGUUCCUUUGCCAUUUUCUGUCAUAUGUACUUAGCUGUGGCUAAGUACAUAUGGGCAAUAAGAACAGGUUUCUUGGAUUGCCACUCACCACCACCACCACCCCUUAAAUAAACUUUCUCUUGGAGAGAUGUGGGUGAAUAUUUAAAAAAAAACCACACACACACACAAAUAAAUAAACACAGCCAUAAAUACUUAUUGAGAUGCAUUUCUUGGAGCUUGGGUCUGUCUCCUCACUUAUGCUCCUUUGGAUUAAUUAUCUUCCGACAUGCACGGCUGUAUCUCCAAGUGUUAUGACUUCUCCACACUUAGCUCACUGGCUGUUGCUAAUUAGGGAUGCUCUUGGCUGAGUGAAACUGAGCUCAUUAGGUCGAGGGCUGGCAGGUUAGCUGGCGCAGGGAAAACCCCCCUUCCUCCACACACCCCGGAAACUUGCUUCUGAAUGAAGCACUGGGGUCUCACACCAGGGAACAAAACCUUGGCACAAACAGUCUGUGUCCUCAAUAUAUAUUGAUUGAUUGCCUGAGGGUUUUAAGGUGAGCCUCUGGGGAACGUUCUCCCCAGAAAGUUUUGCUGUGGGUGCACUGUCUUUGCAGGGACAGUUUCCUCUCCUCUUUCCCAUUCAGAAGGGAAUGUAAGCUCGCUUCCUCCCUCCUCCCUUUCCUUGGGCUCAUUAGCACCACCCUGGCUUCUCCUUGCCCAAUGGGCUAGUGCAAGCCCAUCUGAGGGCAGUCCAGAACUGCCUCUGAAAGGCCCAGUUGGAGGGGGCUGAUUGAGGCCUCCUGAAAGGAGCAGGCAGGUGGCAACUGUACAGAAGGGGGCGAACUCCAUCAGUCCCCCGCAGAGCGCAGUGGCAUUCACCCACUCAUGUUGCCCAGCAACAGGCAUUCUCUGAGGCAGACUGUUCUGAUAUUGGAGGUGGUACACAUGACUAGUAGACCUGAUCACCUUAUCCUUCACAAAUCUCUCACACAUCAUUUUGAGGGCUGUCCAAGUAGAUUACUACAUCUCGAGGCAGCAAGUUCCAUAGUUUAACUUUCUCUGGUGGGGGACACGUCAUGCUCUUUCUGGGGUUGUUUGUCCACCUUUGGGCCCCACCCUACACUCAGCUCUCACCUGGAAGCUGUCAUCAGGCAACAACGGCCACACCCCGCAAACAGCUUUGACUGGCCGGCUAAACCAGGUGAGGGUAGCCAGUGGGUCUCAAACCCUUGGUGAAUUAGGGGCUUCCCCUGCAUGCGAAGACAGGCUUGGGUGGAUCCAACAGUGGGUCCAACGGUCAAGAAGGCUGUGCUGUGGAGGGAAGGGAAGUGGGGCGUGUCCGUCUGGGAAGGGAGCCCAUCUUGGAAAAGGAAAACUCUAACCCUAAACCUCCACUGCCUCGUGGGAAAUUUUCAGGAGAAGAAAAAGCUGAGGAGUAAACCUGACACAAAUCCAGAGUGGAGUCCCUAAGAUGGUUGGAUGGUGCCUUGUACGCCUCCUUCUAGCAACUGCUGCAGCCAAACCGGUGCCCAGUGUCUUGUUCUGCUUUCCUUUGGACCACAUCAGUGAGGCCGAGAGGGAGGUCUUGUCAUCUGGGCAGCCAAGGACCUCCAGACACACUGCCCAGACUUGUGCCCUGGGGUGUUCACUUUAAUGCUGCUGACGCAUGACUUUACCCCUGGAGGCGAACUCCAUUGUCUCUCCAGACAGAUGGAUGCCGAUGACAACAACAAUUGAGAGGAAGCUGUUGCUUUAGUCUGUUCUGAAUCUCCCAACAUUCAGCUUCAUUGGAGGUCCCUGUGGGGCUCUUGCAUUACGGGAGAGGGAAAAUAACUGCUCUCUGCUCACUUCCUACACACACCAAAGCAUAAUUGUAUACACCUCUAUCAUAUCCUGCCUUACUCACCAUAUUUACAUACUGAAAAGUCCCUGAAUGUUGCAACCUUUCCUGAAAAGGAGAGCUACCCCAUUCUCUUGAUCAGCUUGGUUGCCUCUUUCUGAACCUUCCCCAGCUCCACAAUAUCAUUUUGAGGUGAGAUUACUAGAACUGCCACUUGAUUAAAUAAAUUCUACUUUGUUAAUCAGCCAGGUAGUCAUUGACUGAUCAUUAAUCAACUGAUUUAAAUCUGCACAAAUGAUCAUGUGCGAAAAACAAUGUCUUCCGAGAUAAAUAAAGCAUACUUAUCUUCUUUGUAAAAUGAUGCACCCAGCCACCUGCAGUUUUUAUAAGUACUUGGAAUAAAAAUAGCGAAAAUCUGCUGAACAAUUAAUUAAAGGCUGCAUCUUAGCUGAUGGGAAUGAUUUUCAUUGAUUAGAGUGACUAAUUGGCUAAUCAGCGCAAACUUAUUUUAGAGAAAUCGAAUAUAAGUUGUAGGUGCAAUAAAUUUUCAAGAAAAAAAGAUGCUUGUGAAUACCCUUUGUUCUCUGAAGUAUUAAUCUGCCCAGUUGCCACCGAAGAGGCACAUUCCAGCUUUGGCCAUUUCUGCCUCUGCAAUCGUCAUCAUCACCACCACCACAAAAUAGUAAUGUUAUUUAAUGAACCAGUGCCAAAUUCUUGCUUUCUCUAUCCCUUCAGACAUCUGGCUGUGUAGUGCAAAGGCCUGCUGAGGGCGAAAGAGACCCUUUCCCCUGGCAGAUUAUUUCAACCACACAGAAACUCCCAUCGCCCAAGGAGCUGUGCCGGAAGAAGAGAAAGGGGCCAAAACGAAAAAGACUUGAAAAUGUCAGAGCCUUGUCUGUUUGCUAUCAUCUGGAGGAGCUGAGGCGGCGGCAAAGCAGCAUGGAUGAGUAAGGAAACAGACCUUUUGUCAUGAAUGGGAAGUUAACUUCUGACACCCCAGUCACCUGCUAGGGGUGGGAAUCACUCAGCAUGGUUCUAUGAGUCCCCUUGGGGUCCCAGGGCCCUUCCAGACAAACUGUUAAUUGAUAAUGCAUCCUGAUUUGUUCACACAGAGGGAUUUGAUGAGUUUGGCUAUUAAGUCAUAGAAAUGUAGAGUUGGAAGAGACCCCAGUGGUCGUCUAUUCCACCCCCCUGCAAUGCAAAGAAUUCCUGACAUUUGGCCACUUAACCUCUGUUUAGAAAUCUCUGAUGAUGGAGAGCCUGCCAGCUUCUGAGGGAGUCAGUUCUGUUGCUGAACAGCUCUUGCCACCAGAAAAUUCUUCCUCAGGUUUACCUUUCUUGUCAUUUGAAUCCAUUGGUUCCUACCCUCUGGAAAACAAGCUUACUGCUUCUUCAGUGCAACAGCCCUUCAGAUAUUAGAUAUUCAGAUAUUCAUAUCCUCUCACGGUCUUCUCUUCUCCAGGCUAAACAUCCCCAACUCCCUCAACCAUUUUUCACAAGGUUUAGUUUCCAGACUGGGCCGCCCUCCUCUGCGCACAUUUUCUUUGCCAGUGUUGUGUCAAAGGGAGCAUUAUCCCACAAUUCCAUUGCAUUUACUCAUCAUUUUCCUUAUAGCAAAAAGUCUGAUCUUUAGAGGAAGUGGUUUUGCUGCACAAGCGCACCAAAACCACCACAAUGGCACAAGCUGAAUUUGCCAGUAUGUGAUUGAAUCCCACCCAAAAAUCGUGAAAGCCUGGCAACACCUUCUCUGUGGUACUCUUGCUUUAGUCUGGACCGCAGAGAAGUAGAGAACACACCUCUGGGGAUUGCACAAUCAAACUUGGGAAGGGCCACAGUUGCACUGCAAAACCUGUGCAGGGCUGGUUGGCAUCUGUCUGUCUCAGGAGACAACAGAGGAGUGCACUUUUGUAGGCGAAGUCAAACAAAAGGAAAGCUGCCACACCUGCUGUGCCUGUAGAGACCGAUAAAGGAGAGACAUGUUUUGUUUUGUUUUUGUUUUUUAAAAUAUAUUUUUUAUUAUUUAUUACAAAACAAUUUACAUAGAACAUAAAAAAACCAUAAACAGACCAUAGACACUGACUAACAACACUUCAUUUGACAUUACAUACCCUAUUAACUUCUGAUUCACCUCAUCGUGCUUUGUAAUACCUUACUAGUCUAUACUCACUUCAUUUUUAUUAAUCUUUUCAGUUAAUUAUCAGGGGGGGAAAUUACUGUAUAAUUUCCAUAAACUUCAAGAUUCAAUCCAAAUCUGUCAGGAACGUUGUGUUAUUACAGUACUUUUAAAGAUAUUCUUUGAACAUUCUCCAAUCUUUACUAAAUUUCUGGUUAGAAUUUCCUCUUAUUCUCCCAAUCAUCCUUGCAAGUUCUGAAUAUUCUAUCAUCUUUGCUUGCCAAUCAGUUUCUGUGGGGGAUUACAUCACCUUUCCAAUUUUUUGCUAUUAAAGUCCUGGCCGCUGUAGUUAUGUACAUAAAGAGGGUUCUGUGGUUUUUUUGUAUAUCGAUGGACAUAAUGCCUAACAAAAAGGGCUCGGGGUUUGUUUUUUUUAAAAAAACAAGAAUUUAAAGAUCUUUUUAAGUUCAUUGUAUGUCCCAAAAUUCUCUUAUCUUCGCACAAUCCCACCACAUGUGCAUAAAGGUACCAAUCCCUUUUUUGCAUCUCCAGCAAACUUCGGAGCUUUUCUUGUACAUCUUGGCCAGUUUGGCCGGGGUCAAAUACCAUUGGUUCAGCAUUACGUUUUCAUUAUGUUUUCUCUCAAAUUAUAACAUGCAGUGAACCUUAUCUCUUCUCUCCACAGCCUUCCCCAUUCAUUCACAUAUAUAUUAUGUCUGAUGUCCUGGGCCCAACGGAUCAUAAUUGAUUUUACCUCUUCCUCCUUAACUUCCCAGUCAAGGAGGAGGUUAUACAUCUGGGAUAGAUAUUUUCCCUUAGGCUGGAUUAGAUUUCCUCUAGUUUUUAUAUUUCUCCAGCAAAGCCUUUUUGUUUGUCUACACUUAAUCUUUCAUUAAGUUGGAAAUAUUGGAGCCAAUCUAUCAGAUAUAUACGAAUUUCCUCAAAAUCCUUUAGUCUCAGUUUAUUUCCCCCUUUAAUAGCAUUUUAUAUGUUGUCCAAUUUCCCUUCAUAUUUUUCUUCUUACCCCCCACAACUUUGAUGAGUGAGAUUCACCAAGGGAUUUUAGGUUCUAGCAGAUCUCUAUACUUAAUCCAUGUUUUAUAUAAGGAUUUUCUUAUUAUAUGGUUUAAGAACCCUUUGUGGACUCUCACCUUAUCAUAAGCUAGACGAGGGGAGGGGAAGCACUCAGCUUCUAAAGUUUUAAAAACUAAAGUUUUAAAAACAGAAUUUUAGACACAGUAUGGUUAUAGAAAGAGGAACUGUGUUGCUUGUCCCUAGCUACGUCUGGGCUCUGACCAGUAAGAAUCGCUUUGGUUAUUGUAUAUUAUCUAUGUAUUUCAUCUUGUGUUUGUAAGCAACCCUGGAAGCUCCAUUGCAGGGUGGCAUAUAAAUAUUUUAUAUAAAAUUCCUGUGAAACCGGCACACACUGUAUUCCUGAUGGCCGUGGUAACACCGAGAUGGGGUGAAAACUGCAUUUUCCCAGGAGCAAAGUAUUUCAUGUUGAAUGCUUGGAAUAUGUUUUCCUGUAACAGAAGUACUCCCUUGAGGAAACUUGCCUGGAUCCCAUGCAGCAGCUGAGUAAUAAUAACCGAGGGAAUGAUUGCACACAAAGAUAAAUAUGCAAUCUGGAAAAGCCUUAAAUGUCAGCAUUCCAGCCUUUGCAAAUACCUGUUUUCUGUUUAAAGGCUGAAAAAGGCUAAAUGGGGUGGUCUUCUCCCCCAGCCAUUCUCCGAAGGAGCAGGAGGAACUGCUGACUCGCCCACAAAAAUAACGUGCCAUGAUGAUGAUGAAGAAGAAGACGCCCUGAGCCCCUUCAGCAUCCUGAAUCCACCUUUCCAGCUCUAUGAAGAGCACUCAGUCUUCGGCGAAUGCAGCAAGGCGCAGGUAAGCUAGAAUUACAAAGCCACGAAAAACAAGGGUGCAAGCUGCUCCCCACACCAGAAAGAUGGUGCGGCAAUGGGACUCUUGCCUCUCGGUCUCCUCUCUCAUGAUCGGAACAGAACCACCUGCGGCAUCCUUUCUCUCACAAGGAGGCAGAAUGGACCCACACACCGUUUCUCCACCAGGGCAAGCAAAAUGUAUUCUCACAGGCCAAGGACACUGUCUUGUCAGGCAAGAGCACUCAAGCAGGGCACAGAGCACAGCCAGUGAUGGGCGUGGCUGGGGAGAGGAAGUGUGGCCUGGGGAGGGGCAUGGCAUAGGGAGAGCCCCAAGGACCAGAUGGAAAGGCUGGGGGGCAUUCAACCCAACUCUUGAGGUUCCCUGUCCCUGAGUUAGAGCCUGAAGGAAUACUAAAGGUGAAGGUAAAGGGACCCCUGACCAUUAGGUCCAGUUGUGACCGACUCUGGGGUUGCGGCGCUCAUCUCGCUUUAUUGGCCAAGGGAGCCAGUAUACAGCUUCCAGGUCAUGUGGCCAGCAUGACUAAGCCGCUUCUGGCCAACCAGAGCAGCGCAUGGAAACACCGUUUACCUUCCCGACGGAGCGGUACCUAUUUAUCUACUUGCACUUUGACGUGCUUUCGAACUGCUAGGUUGGCAGGAGCAGGGACCGAGCAACUGGAGCUCACCCCAUCACGGGGAUUCGAACCGCCGACCUUCUGAUCAGCAAGUCCUAGGCUCUGUGGUUUAACCCACAGUGCCACCUGAGCAAAGUUAAAAAGUGGAGAAAUUCCUUUCAUGGAUGAGCAGAGAGAUUCCUGCUCCUGGAGGGGAAGGUAGCCUUUGUUCUGCCAUACUUUUAGGUGAAUUAAAAGGCAUGUGGGUGUUUAGAGACAUCCAGAGUUGCAUCGUGGUUGAGCCAGUAUGGUGCAGUGGUUAGAGAUACCUGACUAGGACCUGGGAGAUCAGGGUUCAAAUCUCCACUCGGCCUUGAAGCUCACUGGGUAACCCUGGGCCAGUCCCUGCCUUCAGCCUAACCUACCUCACAGGGUUGUUGCUGUGGGGAUUAAAUGAGGUACGUGGAGAACCAUGUACGCGGCCACCUUGAGCUCCUUGAAGAAAAAAGGGGGGGUAAAUGCAAUAAAUAAAAUAAAUAAACAGAGAGAUGGCUGAAGAAUCUGUGGGUGGUUUCAGAUAGCCAUCAUUCCCCUGCUAGGACUAUUUGUCGCUUUCAGUUGCCAGGUGAUGGGAAUUAAUCUUAGCACCUUCCAGUGAGUGAUGCUUGCUGAGUCUAAAGUUCACUGAAUUCCCUUAUUCAGCCAAGUUUCCCCUGUGUUUGUAUCACUGCAAGAAGUCAACAUUUGUUGGGAAAGGCCAGUUAUUUGAUUUCCCACUGUGAAGUAGAAGAGGUAUGGAAAACUUACCUAGUUGUGGUGUUUAAAUUAAAAGGAGUUGUUGGUUUGCAACUACUUCCUGCCAUUCCAGAAGAACAUCUGCUGGAUCAGACCCAAAGAUGCAUCUAGCCCAGAAUCCUGCUCCCCAGAGUGGCCAGCCAGGUGCCUCUGGGAAGUCCGCAAGCGGGAGAUGCAGACUACAGCCCCUCCCCUGUGUCCCUCCCCACAACCAUAUCAACUUGUAUUUGCAUAUAUAGCCAUUGUGGUUGACAGCUGUGAUGGCUGGGCAGCCAGAUUUUGUCCAGGCCCCUUUCAGUGCCACCUCUGCAUCUCAUGGCAACAGAUUCCAUACAUCUGCUCUCCAUUCUGUGCAAAGUAACACUUUUAUUUUGCCUGUCUUCAACCUACUACCAGUCCACUCCACUGAGCGAUGGAGGAGAGGACCAUAAGUAGCUACUAUGCUAUGAUGACUAUGCUCUGCCUCCAUAGUUUGAGGCAGUCAAUGCUUUUCAACAGCAGUUGCUGGAAACCCCAGGAAGGUAGAAGGGGCUCUUGUGAUUGGGUCCUGCUUGCUGACUUCCCACAGGGCCACCUGGCUGGCCUCUGUGAGGACAAGAUGCUAGACUAGAUGGGCCACUGGCCUGAUCCAGCUUAUGAUGAGGCAAGGGCAGAAACCUGCCCGAGUAACAGCUAGCUUCCCUUACAGGUCCUUUAUCCAGAGUGGAACCCCACUGUGAGAGAGCAGCUGAGGAUCCCUGAAGAAAGCCCUGUGAUCUCCUACACGAUGGCUACACAGGACAGGUACCAAGCCUCAGUAGGAUGCUUCUACAGGGGAUUCAAACUGCAGUCGGAGGAAUGACCCUGAUGGCAUAUGUAGCCAGAGCUUGCGUGUGUGUGUGUGAAGGAAAACCUUUCUCAAAGCACUAAUAGCCUGCGUGGGCGGGCGGGAGAUGGCAGGCUGCUGCUGCUGAUCCAUGCAUACUGAAUUAACAGGCAGGAACUGGGAAAUGAGAUGGAGAAAGUGAGGGGGUAUAUAAUAUCUCGAAAAGACCUGCCCUGUUUGACUCCUACCCAUAGCAACUCCCUCCAGUUCUUUGGAAGUUUAUUUUAUUUUAGCAACAAUUCUGUGACCUUAUUUGCUUCACACACACACACACACACACACACACACACACACACACAGGUCUAGAGGGAGUUUGCUCUCAGCAAAUGUUCCACUGUCGGCUGGGGCGGGGGAAUAAAGAGGGGGAGCCACUGCCAUGGGAGACAUCAGGAGUGUUUCCAUAGUAAUGCAGAAGAAGAAGUAGAGAGGAGGCCUUGCUUGGAUCUAGCUCUGCAUCCUCCUUCCCUCCCUCCCCAUAUAGCGUAGGUGUGUGCUGUGCCGUGUUUAUCUAGAAUGAAAACCCCACCAGGCAGCUUCCACUAGUCUGGAAUCUUUUCCCCUCUCACCUGCAGCUCUCAGAUCUGGUAAAAGACCAUUCUGGGAUGCUGGAAUUCAUACAAAGUACCUGGCUGAUCUGAGGGGCUCUUUCCUUCCCACACACCUCUUCCCCAAAUAGGCAACUUCUUGCUUGGCCUUUCAGCAGGAGCCAUCUGUCCCCCAUUCCCCGCCCCCUCUUGUAUCCAUUGAGAAGGAUAACUUAAAUUGUGCCCUUCUUUUUCUUAGAAAAGAGCCAGGGUUAUGCUUAUUCUGCUUUGACAAGAUCUGCCUGGGGGAGUUUGCUGCAUCUUCCCAUUCCAGCAAAUGUGAUGCCAAAGGGGUCCCUCUCUGACGCCUCACUUCUCUCACAUCACUUCCUUCUCACCUCCAACGUGAAUUAUAAAUGCUUCUGAGACUGACCACGUCUUUGUUGCAAAGUGUCUAGAAUGCCACACUGCAAACCAAACUGGUGGUGGAGGAGGAGGAGGACAAGGGGGGGAGCCCUGUUUCCCAGGUUCCCCUUUUGAUGACUUAGAGCAAAAGAGAUAGAAGUUUCAUUGAAUUUUUGCUUGUUCUGCAUGAGGGUAAAUUGUUGUCUGUCUGGGGCCAAAUUGAUUCCAAGAAGCUCACGAUAAGGGGCUUAGAACUGCUUCACAGCCACCUCAAAAGCCAGCCUGAGUUGAGAAACAGCAUUCUGCAAUCAUUAGCAAUAAUAUGGAAUGUCGAGUCCAAACACUCCAACCGUGCCCCAAAGCUCUGUAUCCUCAGUGGUUUGGGAUGGAAUUUAAAACACUGGAAAUGUUUUAUUUGGGGGGAAACCCUAUGAACACAAUCACCACCAGGCUUUUAAAUGUAUGGCUGCAAUGUUUCUGAAAUGCAGGAAAUCUCUUUAUAGGAUAUUUCAAAUGUUAGCUUUUGCACGAGGCCAUUCACAGGUGCUUUCACUGCAUACAAACUGUUCCAAUCUCAGAAGGGUACUGUGACCCACAGACCAGGCAACAAUAUCUUGCUAAAAAAUUGUUUUUAACCCAAACUCCCAAACCUGAACUCUUUUAUGGCAGCCAAUAGCUCUAGAGUACAAAGCUUUUCAAACUGCUCACUGAUAACAGUUAAUACAUGGGUAGUAUAGCUGUGCUAGGACAUAGAAAAAACCAACACAACCCAAACUGCAGUAUUCGGCUGCAUCUCUUGUGUUGCAUUGAUGCAAGUUAAUGUUGAAAUACCAUUAAUGUGGAAGGAAAUGCUGUACCGUUACAUUUAAAAGGUAGAGUUUCAGUUGUUUUAACUUUCUAUUAAAUGCACAGUGUGUGACCAGACCGUGGUUGUCAUUGUUGUAACUGGUUUACUCUGUCUAUGACUGGGAAUAUAGGCUAAAGCUUUCCUGUGCUUUGAUAAGGACUUGAGUAGAGCACUGUUUGAACCAUUUAGUCCAGACUUUGUCAACCCUCAGAGUGCCUACAACUCCCUUCAGCCCCAGCCAGGGACUUGUAGGCCAAAACACAGUGAGGGCAACAGGAUGAGGAACAUCCAACAUCCUG